GCCGAAAAGUGCAAAAGUGAUUUGUUUCUUUUCAAUUUCAAGCAGAACUUUGCGUCAAUCAAGCUCGAGCUCUUCAGCCCACCAUGAGGGCCUCGCAAUGCCUCUUCAACCCGGCCACCGCCCUUUGCAAGGUCUUUAUUAGCAAUGCCACGGCAUUGGAGAAACCGGGCCAACUGCAGCGCCUGCUGCUACCCAGCCGAACCGUUCCCAUCCAGCCCUCCUUCUCCUCGCCGCCACGACGACACUUUUCCGUCUACCAUGCCGCCCAACUGAACUACAGACGGAAGCCUGCGAGGACCGGGAAAGAGGCCAAAGAUGCCCCCGCAGAGAGCCGCACGAUGCGUGACUACGACAUUGUCUUCCCGUGGAUCCAGGUGCGGCAGGAAGACGGCAGACUCUCCGAGCCGCAACGAACAAACCUCGUGCUCAAGCAGCUCGACCUGGACCGGGACUCCCUCAUCCUCGUCGCUACCCCCAGGGUAGAUCCCUUGUCAAACGGUCCGGAAUACCCGAUCUGCCGCAUCGGAGACCGCAAGGCCGAGAUGGCGGCGGAGGCCGAGAAGCUGGCGAUCAAGAAGAACACGCCCAAGAUUGUGACCAAGGAGUUGGAACUCAACUGGGCGAUCGCGCCCCACGACUUACGCACGAGAAUGACGCAGCUCAAGAAGUUCCUCAGCAAGGGGUGCCAGGUCCGAGUCACUAUGAUGCACCCGAAAAAGAGGGCGAAGAAAAGAGCGUCGCUGGAGGAGGCGAAGGUCGUGCUCCAGAACCUCGAAUUAGCGGUUGAGGAAGUUCCUGGGGCCAAGGAGACCAAACCGAGGGAGGGCGCCGUGGGAGAAAUGCUGGUCCUGCUUCUGCACGCGCCGACUGGCAGUCCCACAAAGGCGGCGCCGGCGGCGGUCACAGAGGAUGCCCCGGCAGUCACUGAGGAGGCCCCGGCAGCCACGGAGGAGGCCCCGGCAGCCACGGAGGAGGCCCCGGCAGCCACGGAGGAUGCCCCGGCAGUCACGGAGGAUGCCCCGGUAGAGGCAGAAACAGCAGCCCCAGGUCCGGUGGCAGAAGAGCCGGGGUUGAUAAAGGAAUGAGGAUGGUCCGCUGCGGGACUCCUGUACAACAUACUAUGUAUGAUAUAUUUGCUCUUCUCCUAUCUGGAACCAUUGGACUUCGCGGCCUUAUAAAGGACCAUGCCUUAGAGGAAUGGGACAAAACGGCCCUUCGUACCCUUCGUGUUUUGGCACCACCCAACUGUCUGCGUUGAUAGGCCCGAGCCUGGAAAGAGGCAUCGGGAGCAAGGAUUAGCUUUGUGCUUCGAGAACAAUUGCAGGGGC